UUCCAUCCCACUGCCACUGAGGAGAAUAUUGCUCCAUCUUGCCUGUCCAUCUCCCAGUUUUUUAGAAUUUUCUCUAGCUGUUACUCCAGAGGAUUAUGUUUCCUUCAAAGCCUUCUGUGUACAUCUCUCUUUUUACCUGUGUCCUCCAACUCAGCCACAGCUGGUCAAUGAACAAUUUCCUGAUGACUGGUCCAAAGGCUUACCUGAUUUAUUCCAGCAGUGUGGCAGCUGGUGCCCAGAGUGGUAUUGAAGAAUGCAAGUAUCAGUUUGCCUGGGACCGCUGGAACUGCCCUGAGAGAGCCCUGCAGCUGUCCAGCUAUGGCGGGCUUCGCAGUGCUAAUCGGGAGACAGCAUUUGUGCAUGCCAUCAGUUCUGCUGGAGUCAUGUACACCCUGACUAGAAACUGCAGCCUUGGAGAUUUUGAUAACUGUGGCUGUGAUGACUCCCGCAAUGGGCAACUGGGGGGCCAAGGCUGGCUGUGGGGAGGCUGCAGUGACAAUGUGGGCUUCGGAGAGACGAUUUCCAAGCAGUUUGUCGAUGCCCUGGAAACAGGACAGGAUGCACGGGCAGCCAUGAACCUGCACAACAACGAAGCUGGCCGCAAGGCGGUGAAGGGCACCAUGAAACGCACGUGCAAGUGCCACGGCGUGUCUGGCAGCUGCACCACGCAGACCUGUUGGCUGCAGCUGCCCGAGUUCCGCGAAGUGGGCGCGCACCUGAAGGAGAAGUACCACGCGGCACUCAAGGUGGACCUGCUGCAGGGUGCUAGCAACAGCGCGGCCAGCCGCGGCGCUAUCGCCAACACCUUUCGCUCCAUCUCCACUCGGGAGCUGGUGCACCUGGAGGACUCCCCAGACUACUGCUUGGAGAACAAAACUCUAGGGCUGCUGGGCACCGAAGGCCGAGAGUGCCUGAAGCGCGGGCGCGCCCUGGGUCGCUGGGAACGCCGCAGCUGCCGCCGGCUCUGCGGGGACUGCGGGCUGGCCGUGGAGGAGCGCCGGGCGGAGACUGUGUCCAGCUGCAACUGCAAGUUCCACUGGUGCUGCGCAGUCCGCUGCGAGCAGUGCCGCCGGAAGAUCACCAAGUAUUUCUGUAGCCGCGUGGAGCGGCCGCGCGGGGGCGCUGCGCACAAACCUGGGAGAAAACCCUAAGGGUUUCCUCUGCCCCCUCUUUUUCCCCACUGGUUCCUGGCUUCUUUUAAAGACCCCGGUAAUUGCGGAACCUAGGGAAUGGGGAGCCCACACUCCCAGAUCUAAGCAUCCUGAGAGGGAGACUGCAAUUUCUCCGAAGCUUGCCACUUUCCAACCUGUUCCCCCAAUUCCUCUGUGCUCUCCUACAGCUCUGUCUGAAUCCUCCUGGCAGCCACACCUAGGACUGAGAACUCAGACCUUGAGCUACGGAUCUUCCUUGGAUUAGGAUGAGAAUAGGUGUUUCUCCUCCCCUCUCCUAGCAGCCCGAAUGCCUGACCCAGCCUAUCAAGCCUUAGGCACUGGAAGACCCCUUCUCAGACACGCAGGGCCCAGGUAAAGCCACAGCUUUGCCCUUUUGCCCACUGUUUGCUACCAGGGAUCACCCACCUGUCUUCUGCAGAGCUCCUCCCCUACCUGCUGACACAGACUCCCCAGGAAUCUUGAAUGCUUUCUCUUCUUCCUUUCUUUCCCUGAAAAGAAACUGAGGAAACUGGCCUGGGAAAACCACGUCUUUGGGGUUGGUUCCUCGAGGCAGAGGUUGAAGAUGGAGCCCUGGAGUGAUGACUCGAACACCAAGGGUGCUACUCAUCCUUGUGAUACCCUGUCAUGAAUGGACUUUACUAGUGGGGCAAUGACUUGCCUGGACAAUCACCCACAGGACUCCAGAUACAGACCCCAAAGGUCUAGGAACUAUGUUAAGGGCAGAGUACAGACACUUCCUACCCUUUAAAGGUACCUUCUCCCUGCUCCUGACCUACUUCCUUCUAGCAACCAAUUCUACUUCUUCCCCAAAGGAUCUUUGUUCCUCUGAGCCAAGAGUGAGGUAAAUAAAGCCACUUUCCUGUUCAGAUCCUGGUCUGCAUCUCUAGAGGCAGGUCAUAAGAAUGAGAAACUGAGACCCUUCCUUCUCACUAAUCCAAUCUGGUUUUCAAAUAGGCAGGAUUCAAAGCACUGGGUAUCUUCCUUCGAUGAGUAAACUUCCUGCAAUGAAAUUGUUGCUAAUGGGAAGGUCAGCAUCUUGA